CCACCGGCUACCACCCACACGACACGCAUUACCCGCGCCCUUACUUCUGUCUCUCUUUCAACGGCGAUCGUGCACCUCUCCUUUGUGUUCCAUGACUUGAUAGGCGCGCCUUCGCCACUCCAUCGCCAACGUCGCUUCGACUGCUCUGAUGAGGCUCGAAGCCAGAACCGUCGUGCCCCCAUCGCUUGACACCGUCAAGAUGGAGGACCGCAAGCGGCCCAGCGCCUCGGAGGACACAGCGCCUCCUGCCAAGAGGCAAGCCGUCGCCGUGAAUGGCGUAAGACCACAUCCAGACGCUGACAUGCCGUGGAAAGACGACAUCGAGGCUUUCCAAAAGGAUGCUAUCCUCCGCCAGAUGCGCGAGUACAAACGUGAGAAGGCUACGAUCGAGUCUCAGCUCGCCGAGAUCGAAAACCGCUCCCAACACCACGACGACCACCUGCGCACGAUAGACAUAUGGUUUGAUCAGUUGAUUGAUGAGAUUAAGAUCCUCAGUGGGGAGAAGCUCCCUACGGCUCAGCAGGACGGCGCUUCCAACAUACCCGCAUCCCUUUUCUUUCAGGACAGCGACACCUUGCGCAAACACCUGUCUGGCCGCAAGGACAAGAUUCUCGCAGCCUUGACCUCCUUGUUCGCCAAAUAUCCCCCAGCAAGCCCUGAGGUCGCCAGCCUGCAGCAGCAAAUGUCUAAGAUUCUAGCGUCCGAGAAAGAACAUAUAUGCGAGCUACAGCGGGCUGGUACAGAAAAAGAACAGAUGGCUGAACGAUUGGUCGCGGCUACUCACCGCUAUAUGAUUGCCGAGAAGAAGCUCGACCGUCUAAAGAGCCAACAAGUUCAAAAACUGGAAAGUCAAACCCUGGCUAAUGCUAGCAUCAAAGAAGAGACCCCAUCUGCAAGCAACGGUGCGGAACCAACGAAUGGCGUCGAAGCUACUGGUUCCGGAGAAGGGUCAGAAUCUGAUCGGAAACAAGCGCUGGCCGAAGCCGCAAAACGCAAGGAACACGUGCGUCAGCUGGAGGCCGAAAAUAAGAAGUUGACUGAGGAAGUUUCUGCCCUGAACAUUAAACUAACUGGCCUCUCCGACGACGACUACGCCAAAACGGAUUUAUUCAAGGCAUUCAAGUCACAGCACGAGGACGUUAUUAAGCGCAUCAACCAUCUGGAAGCAACUAACAUCCAAUUACGGACAGAAGCGCAGAAGUACCAGGCUGAGAGGACCGCUUACCGCAUCAAGGUGGACGAUGAAGCACGAGCCACCAUUAGCGAGUCUGAGGGUAAUGUGGUCCAAGCCGAGGCCAACCUGGCGCGUAUUCGCCAUGCUCGCGAUGAGCUAUUAUCCAAGGUCAGCAUAUACGAAGCCACCCAGAAGAAUGUGGAUGUCUCGAAGCAGCAGACUCAAGAGCUCAUGAGCGCCUGCGAGAGCCGUAUCUCUGCAUUGGAGUCCGAGUGCGAGCGAUUGCGCUUGCAGAUUGCGGAGAAGGAUCAAGCAGAAGGAUCGACAGAGCAAGAAAAUUUUACGCCAGAGCAGCUUCAAAACAAGCUCAAGACACUCCAAAGCCAAUAUCAGCUCGUGGUCAACGAGUUGCCGGCUAUGGAAACGGCGUGGAAGAAGGCCCAAGCUGUUGCUGGAAAAAAGAUCGCCGAAACCGCGACCUGGGAAGAGAAUAUAAACAAGGCAUACGCUGAUAAGGCGAAGGCUGACCAGAAGUUUUUCGGAGCGAUGAAGGCUAAGGAAUCCCUGGAACAGCAAAUGCGAGUACUGCGAGCCCAGGCCACCAAAGGAACCGAAGUUGUCGCACAACUGAAAGAGGCGGAUUCACUAAGUCGAUCUUUGGUCGACAAGCUGGAGAAACAGACGACCGAAAUGCGGGCUCAGAUGGAGGAUCUCUCGCGCCAGCAUCGGGAGUUGCAGCAGAAGACCAACGAGGCUGCCAUCGUUACCGAAGGGCACGUGAGCCAAAUUGCCGAACUCAAGAAGCACAUCGAAACCAAAGACGCCGCUUAUCUCGAGGCGAAGAAGGCGAAGCGCGAAGCUGAGGUCGAGCGAGACAAGAUGGUGGAGAAGGUUGAAGGUUUGGAGCAGGAGAUUGAGCACUGGAAGCAGAAGAGCUUGGGCAACCAGAGCGAGCACACUGCAUUGAUGGAGUCUAUGCUACAGUGCCAGAUCUGCAAGAACAAGAUCAAGAACACGGUCAUUAAGACGUGCGGUCACGUCUUUUGCGACGGCUGUGUCCAGGAUCGACUCACCAACCGGUCCAGGAAGUGUCCCAACUGCGGCAAAGCGUUUGGAAAUGGCGACCUAAUGCGCAUCCAUAUCUAGGCCUGAUGGAUCCAGAGUCAACGACCAUACACACGAAUGAUCCCCGUGUAAUUACUUCUCUGUGCGAACAGAGCGAGUUGUACAAUAAUUUGGCAGGCGUUAUCGAAUUCCUGGGCCACGAUCCGAGCUGUUUGGUUAAAUGUUAUUGCGCGCAGGCGUUCGGCGGAGUCAAAGUAUCAAGUUCUAGGGGUUUGAGCCGUAGGUGCUCGGAUUUGUCCGCACAUGCUCGAAUCUUCUUUGAGCUCACUGCAUGGGUGGCUGCGGGCGGUGCGUGACUUGUUUUACUAGACGCCUUUUUCGAUGCGUUAUGGCUGGGGUAUGGGGUUGGGACCUGUCCGUGGGGAAGAUGUGACGGUGCCGACAAAUGAGUAUAUAGCUUAGGUAGCAUGGAGAUGCGUGUGUUCGCCUGGGCUGAAAAGUCGAGGCAGGACGGCAGGAAGGCAGAAAUGAAGAAACAUUCAAGAG